UCUUUCCCAUUUACAGAAGCGCACCAUUUGCAUAGCACCAUGGCUAAUUAACACUAUCAUUUCGGUAUUGGUAGAAGUAACCACAUAUAUAUUUAUGGAAAUGAAGUAUAAUGAAAUCGAUGCGGCCACAGACAAACGUAUAGUACGCAGCAUUUUAUUUGGCAUAUUUAUCAUGUUCAAUGCAAUGUUCACUUUUGCCAUUUAUUGGUUGUGUAAAUUUUUAAAACUACAACGACAAGAAAACCAAGUCUUACAGGAUAGUAUUGUGGAGGCCUCGGGAAUGUUUCAACAUGUUAAGGUUUAAGGCAAAUAAAAACAACAAACACACUAUAUGGGAUUUAAUUUAUAUUCAAAAUGAGACUUAAUUUUUAAUCUUUUUUUAGAAAACAGAAAAUUUUUGUUAGAAAAACUUACCUCAAAUACCACAACAAAACCUAAACGACAAGCCAAAAUUAUAUAAAAAGUACUACUUAAAUAAUAUUUAUUCGGUGAGGUAGGUGGUUCACGAAAAUCUGUAUAUCUGCAAAUAUAACAAAAACAGAAUAAUUCAAAUAAGAAAAAUCAAUAAAAUGUAUAAAUAAAAUUACUUACUUGCAAGAG